CUUUGUGUAUAAUGUGCUGCACGUAUCGUAUCGUAUAUCUUGCCAAUAUAGACACACCACUUGUUAUAAACUCUUGAAAUUAUGCAUUUUAAAUUUUCAUAUAAGUAUUUAAAUACAUAGGAACAAAAACAUUUCAAAUGCUUUUGAAUGCUUGCAGGGUAUGAGGGCACUUCAAGAUCGGAAGUUUUGCUAGUAACUUUUUUUUAUGGUAUAGGUGCAGGGUGCAUACAUUUUUUUUUAUAUAACUCGUCGGUAUAAUUGUAGAUUGAGGACAAAGUCGUCGGACGAGUCCCGACAGAAAUCGGCAUAAAAGUUUAUUGCUCUUUAUAGCUUUAAGUUAUACGUACUUUCAAAUGCUUUUUUCCUGAUAAAACGUACCUGUUAAUUUAAAAUUAAACUUAGGUACUUAACAAGUAUAACUAUAGUAAAACUUAACCUAUAUUUAAUAUGAUUCCUACAUGGUAUUCCGUUGCAGCAUUAUAUAAUAUAAUAAUGGUAUUAUUAUACCUCCACGCGCGUGUUAUUACUACAACAAACGGCCGCGCACGCGCCCACUGCCGCCGCCGCCGUCUCCUCCGCGGCGCAGUGAUUGAUUUUCGCGCCACCGGCCGAUGUUGUCGCGGCGGCGCCCACAUCGCGCCCAAGUUUCACGCGGCGCGCACGGCGACUGCACCAUGUUCUCCUCCGACGGCAUGACGUGCCCUCCGGACGCCGACGGCACCGCGGCUUACGGUCACCGGCGACGGUGCAGCGGCUUGAUCGGUUGCGCGCUUCUCGCUUCCGAAGCGGCGGCCCACGUCGCCAGGCUGUGCCGGUCCAACCCGCGACUGCUGUCCAUGUUGGUCCAGGAGAAGUGUGGCGACGACGCCAAUAGCAGCCGUUUCACGCAUGACUUCAAGACGCUGGCCGACGUGCUGGUGCAGCGAUUGGUCUCCAAACGCAUCGGCCGACAGUUUCCAGAACUCGAAGGGAACGUAUAUGGCGAAGAAAACGAUACAAUACAAAACAAUAAAGGUCAAGACGUCACCAUACAAAUCGGAGAGACGGUAGAAGAGACGUUGCAGUGUUUGACGAAAGCUCUGGGCGACGAUUUGGACUCGGCCCAGAGCUUAGCCGAAGCUGCUCACAAAGAGUUCGGAUCGAAAGAUCUCAACGUCGACUGUUAUCCGCCCGAAGAGGAAAACCUCAAUUUGGAGAAAAUCGGAAUAUGGAUCGAUCCCAUUGAUUCAACAAACGAAUAUAUAAACGGAAAUGUCGAUACCAUAAACGAAUACGGAUUCCACUCCAGCGGACUUCACUGUGUUACAAUCAAUAUUGGUUUGUUUGACAAGCACAGCGGAAAACCUAUUGCCGGUGUCAUCAAUCAACCGUUUUUCGAAUUCGACGCCGUCAAAGGGUGGAGUGGAAGAUGUUACUGGGCGUAUUGCGACGGACACAAAAGUUUAAACUCGUUGCCAGAAUUCAUUAGCUGCAAUCAGGAGUUGGUGGUGACUAGCAACAGCGAGACGGACGCGGCCAAGGCGGCUCUACGGCGGUCCGGUUACACGGUGGCCACGGCGUCCGGGGCCGGUUACAAGAUGCUGUGCGUGGCGCUGGGCGUCGUCAAGUGCUACGCGCUGACCAAGGACUCGACGUUCGCGUGGGACACGUGCGCCGCGCACGCAAUGAUAGCGUCGCAGGGAGGCACGGCCUGCCACUGCCACACGGCCGACGGGCCACUGACGUAUCGGCCCAAGACCGCUGGCGGCGGACGGGCCCACUGCAACGCGGCCGGCGUGAUCGCUUCGCGUGACCCGCAAACUGUCGACCGAGUGCACGCGCUCCUGUCACCGCUGCACCUGCACUGCGGCAGCAGUUGAUGCGCUUUUGCUGCAGCGGUUGCGCCACGACUGCAGUCGAUGCGGCCCGCGCGCACGCUGUCUUAUUAAAACUACUGUACACAAAGAUAAACUAUUAAUCGCGUAAUUAGGCAUAUACGUACAGGGCACUCUCUCCUUCUUGUUUUAUUUUUCAGGCUAUAUCGUUUAGGAAAAUCAUCAUACUAGCUGUGGGGCGGCGAUCGUUGAUGCUGUGAACAAUAUGGAAAAAUUCAAUUAUAAAAGCGACAUAAUCACGGUGCACUACUGACACGACGAAUUAAUAUUUUUUUUUGGUUCUUAUAAUCUUAUCGCGUGCGAGAUAACUGCGGAAUAUUGACGUUACGCAUCGGUAUAAUCCGAAUAAGACUUUUCGUACUUCUUUGAUUUAUGAUGGACGCAGGCCGUCGUAAAAUAAAUAGACACCGCGUAUGAUAUUUUAUAUUAAAAUACAUUUUUUUUUCUGUUUUCGACAGCCAUAAAAUAUAAGUACACGUCAAAAUAUUCCUAACGAAAUGUAAAACAAAAGUUUCAUUUAUAUAUGAUUAUUGUUUGGUGUAUAAAUGCGUGGUAUUCUAUUAUCCUUAGUUAAAGAAAAAAAUUCUAGACCACCAUCAUGAUAAAAUUGUGUUCCGCAUUAAAAGUAAGUGCCCUCUAAUUUAUUACUAUCGCGUGACAUUUCGUCAUAAUACCGAAUGAACAUCACAUAAUAUACGUAUUAUACAGUAUUUUAUAGUAAGUGCUGUUAUAUAAAACUAUAAUAGUACGAGUUAACUAUUUAGUCAUAAGUAUAGGUAGUUGUAAUAUUAUAUUAUUAUUUUUUCAUAUCUUAAUGGUACCUAGGUAUUAUGCAUAGUUUUAAAAUUUAAAAAAAAUCGUUUUUAUAAUUAAUUAUAUACAAUACAGGGUAAUCAAACCAUUUUGAAAACAAAAAUUAGUCAAUUCUCAUCACUCAACAUUGCUAAGGUUUUUUAACCGCAGGGAAAUUUGUUCGUUUUUCGAGUUUCUUAAAUUAUUGUUAAAGAAAUACUUAGGUAGGUGCUGUAAUAUACCAACCAAAAUGUAGAUGUUCAGUCAUUACUAAACAUAAAUAUUUUAUACGCAGGGGCAGGAACUUACGAGUAGGACGUGUCCACUUGAUGUGGGUGGUUACUUACUGAAAAAGUCUGCUUUCAAAGUCUUGGACAUGUCUUGUCUCAUUCGAAAGAAAUUCGUUACAUAAUAUGAAUUUGAGUACACCGUUUAUGAUGUUCAAUCCUUCAGACAACAAAAUUGUAUAUGCCUACUAUUUUAUUUUCCUCUUUUUUUUUUCACAUAGGUUUUUAUCUGUGAUCGAAAUGUAUUUCUUAACUGAUAUUUAUAAUCAGCGUUACCAAUAUACUUAGAUCAGUAAAAUAAAUGAUACUCGUAAAUAAUUGUGUGUAAUGCGAUAGAGAUAUUGAGUAGUUUCCUUAAUAUAUAUUGUAAUAUUGUGUAGGUACCUACUUAUAAUGAGUAAUAUUACUAUAAUAGUAUGUACGUAUAUUCAUAUUAUAUUUUAAAACAAUAUAAACUGUUCUGUACCUAUAUAUUUUGGAGACCAUAAUAAUAUGAUCUAUUUAUUUAUACAUAUUAAUAACUGUUAAUGACGAAUUAACGAAAUAUUUUAAUUGUAAAUUCUAACUGCUAUAGGCAAUAAUAUUGAUCAUAUUUUUAUAGCUGUAUUGCAUGAUACCAAUAUUUAUAAAAUUCGUAAUAAUGUAGUUAUUAUUAAAUAAUUGUUAUUGUUUGUUACGAUCUAAUACUUGGGACAGUAAAAACAAAUAAUAUGUAAUAAUAUUCAUUAAACACUGUCGGUGCACAUUGCACUAUAUAAUAAUUAUUGUAUUAUCAACCCUACCAACCUUACAGGCUAAUGACCUCAGUCGUCGAAGCCUUAAAAAAAAAAAAAUAAUUGUAUUAUGAAAAAGUUUCUUAGUUUUUGAAUUACAAAAAUGUAGUUACAUUUUAAUUUGAUCACCUAUAUAUUAUAUUGACGAAAUGUAGGUAUACGUUUAUGUCCAUUAUCAUUAUUGUAUUAAAGUGUGAAACAAUACAAUUAAUAUAAGUAAUAUUAUUAUACAUUUAA